AUGCCGAGUUUAACUUGCAAUUCAUGUAACAAGGAGUUUGAGGAUGAAAGCGAGCAGAAGCUUCAUUACAAAUCUGAAUGGCACCGUUACAACCUCAAACGCAAGGUUGCUGGAGUUCCUGGGGUGACAGAAGCAUUAUUUUUAGCUAGACAGACCGCUCUUGCAGAGGAGAAAAAGAGCAUAAAUGAAACUCCAACUCUCUAUAGUUGUGGUCUUUGUGGCAAAGAUUAUAGAAGUGCAAAGGCUCAUGCACAGCAUAUAAAGUCUAAGAAUCACGUUCUAAGAGCUUCCCAAGGAACUGGCGAUGAUGGAGAUGCAAUUCCUAUUGUCAGGACUCUUGCACCUCGUGUUGUUAACGAAACUCAUGAAGACACUCAUCAAGAUGGUGAAGAAAGUGAGGAAACUGAUUGGGAGGAGGUAGAUCCAGAGGAUUACCCAGUAACCGAGGCAACUGAUGAGGAUGAUUCAAUGGAUGUGGAUGACGGCAAUGAAGAUGCUAAGCGUCAUAUUGAUCCAUCCUGCUGCUUUAUGUGUGAUUUGAAACAUGAUACUAUAGAAUCUUGCAUGGUUCACAUGCACAAGCAGCAUGGAUUUUUCAUACCUGAUGUUGAAUAUCUAAAGGAUCCAAAAGGACUUCUUACUUAUCUGGGACUGAAGGUGGUGACGUUGACAAUUUUUGCAUUUAUAUUUACAUUGUGA